AUGUACAACGACGACGACGAGGCCACUAAGCCGCUUACCGGCGGCUUGUCGGGAAGCGACCAAUCGCCAAGUAGUGGUGUGGUCAAGCCGAAAACACUGGAAACUGUUGGAAAUGGCCGUCACCACAUUCUCAGCAUCACACCGGUGGUGGAAGAACGUGAAUCGGACGUUGAGUCGGACGUCGAUCGAGAGGCGGUGGUCUACAAGCCGACGACCAUGUCCAUCGAGGGCGGCGGUGGUGGUGGACCUACUAAAAUGGCCCCAGUUGACCUAGAAUCUGGCAAUGGAAAACCAAAGGCGUACAUCUUUCCAAUGCAGAAGCAGCAACAGCAUCAGCCUCUGCCUGCGGCGCCCUCCUCCACCGCCGGCUCCUCCACGACGGGCGCCUCCACGGAGACCUGCUCCGAGGGCGGGCACUCGGCAACGCCCUCCGAUUCGCGAUCCAUGUGCGACACGCCCGACCCGGACCCCUGGACCAUUCCCGAGCUGAAGACGGCCACCGGGCCGGCCUGGAAAGAUCUCUCCACGACGGGCAAACUUCGCCAGGUGGGCUUGGUGCUGGGCAAGGCGGCCAGCCUGCUCGCCCUGCUCUACUUCUUCAUCUGCAGCCUCGACCUGCUGAGCACCGCCUUCCGCCUACUCGGCUCUCGGGCCGUGGGUCGCUUCUUCAGCGACAAUGAACUGCUGCAGAAUCCGGUGGUGGGGCUGAUGAUUGGUGUGCUGGUGACGGUGUUGGUGCAGUCGAGCAGUACCAGCACCAGCAUCGUCGUGACCAUGGUUGCCAGUAAAAUAAUCCACGUCCGGCAGGCGAUUCCCAUCGUGAUGGGCGCCAACAUUGGCACCUCCGUCACCAACACCAUCGUCUCGCUGAUGCAGUCGGCGGACAGGAAUGAGUUUCGCCGCGCUUUUGCCGCCGCCACCGUCCACGACAUGUUCAACUGGCUGACGGUGCUGGUGCUGCUGCCCACAGAAGUCUUUACGCGCUACCUCGAGACGACCACCACGUGGAUUGUCAAGGGAGACGAUGGAAGCGGUGCAGGGAUUCAGCAGGACAAGACGGCGAAUCGGGACUUUCUGAACAAGCUGACGAAGCCAUUUACGAAGAUGGUCAUUAAGAUCGACAAAGCCCUUCUCGAGAAGCUCGCCUCUGGAACUGAAACGUCUUCAGCUACCGGAAACGCUACCGAUCAAUCUGCCGGCGUUCCAAACGACGCUCGCCUGCUGGUGAUGUGCUGCAACGAUGAGGACGUUUGCAAGGAGAACUGCACCGAUUCGCUCUUUGGUAUGCUCGCUUUCAGCGACACUACGACCGGUGUCAUCCUCCUUGUUGUGAGCAUUCUGGUUCUCUGCUCUUGUCUGAUCUUUCUCGUCAAGGUGCUCAACUCAAUGUUGACUGGCCACAUCGCCAAGCUGAUCAAACGGACGAUGAACCGCAACUACGACUUUCCCUACAACAUCAUCGCCGACUACACGGCGAUUGCCGUCGGCUGCGCCAUGACCAUCCUCGUCCAGAGCAGCUCCAUCUUCACCUCGGCACUGACCCCGUUGGCCGGCAUUGGCGUCAUCUCGCUGGAGCGCAUCUACCCGCUGACACUGGGCUCNGACUUUCCCUACAACAUCAUCGCCGACUACACGGCGAUUGCCGUCGGCUGCGCCAUGACCAUCCUC